AUGCUUCCUUCUUUUUAUGGUUUACCUAACGAAGAUCCAUUAUCCCAUAUUAAGGAAUUCUACAAUGUUGUGAGUGGUUUACCUUUGCAGGGAGUGAGUGAAGCAAAUCUGAGGAUGAGGGUUUUUCCUUAUACAUUGAAAGAUAGAGCAAAGAAUUGGCUAAUGACUUUAGCACCUGGUUCGCUCACCACUUGGGAUGCCGUAGCUAAGAAGUUUCUGGAGAAGUUUUUCUCAACUCAAAAGACAGCUACGUUGAGAGGGCAAAUCUUAACUUUAAACAAGAUGAGGGAGAACCUUUCAAUGAAUGUUGGGAGCGUUUCAAAGGCCUGUUGCUGCAAUGUCCACAUCAUGGCAGGUGGAGCUUUGAAGAAGAAGAAUGCGCAAGAGUCAUAUAACAUUUAUGAGAUGUUGGGAUCUAAUGCUCAACACAAAGAUACAAGAGGUAAACGAGUUGGAAUGUAUGAAAUGAGUUCUAAUAAUGAUCUUGCUUUGCAGGUGGCUAGUUUGGAAAAGAAGCUCGAUUCUGUGCUCAAUAUGGCGCCUAAGAUAGCUGAGGUGUGUGCCAUUUGCAACAUACCAGGUCAUCCUACUUAUCAAUGCUCAGCUAGUGAGGCUUAUCCCGAAUUCGUUCAAGAGCAAGUGAAUCUCAUGAAUUCUUACAAUCAGAGGCCGAGGAAUGACCCCAUUCUCUAA